AUGCCCCCGGGAUCUGCGUUUCAACCCCUCAACGUUCUACGGCGUCCCACGCUCCAGGCCAACAUGAGUACCCAGUUUGCUGCUGUCGCCGCUAUCGCCGGCAUUGGCGCCUAUGUCCUCUACUCGCGCCAGAGCAAGACCGACAAGUCACACAAGCCCAUCUUCAGCAGCUUUGGUAUUCGCAAGCUUCGCCUCCAUAGCACCGAGAUGAUCAAUCACAAUACCAAAAAGCUGCGUUUUGAGCUUCCUGACCCGAACCAACCCAGUGGGCUUUCACUUACGUCGGCCUUGUUGAGCAUCUCUUUCCCCAAUGGCAGCUGGCGUCCGGUCUUGCGACCAUACACGCCCACUAACGAUUUGUCUGAGCCAGGGUUUAUUGAGCUUAUGGUUAAGCUCUACCCGAACGGCAAGGGAAGCGGCUAUUUGCACUCUCUCAAGCCUGGGGACACUGUGUCUUUCUUGCCUAUCCCAGGUCUUGCCUGGAAGCCAAAUCUGCACCCCCAUGUUGUUGGCAUUGCUGGAGGUGCCGGCAUCACACCCAUGUACCAGCUAGCGCGUGGCAUCCUGAAGAAUCCCGACGACCGCACCCGCAUCACCAUCGUUUGGGGUGUCAACACGGAGGCCGACAUGUUUUUGAAGGACGAAUUUUCCGAGCUCGAGAAGAAGUACGGCACUGACAGAUUCAAGGUGGUAUAUGUUGUUGCAUCUCCAGCAUCGUCCAGUGCUCCGUACGAGAAGGGAUUUGUGACGGCGGAAAUGCUAGAGAAGCAUGGGUUGAGCAGCAAGGAUGAGAAGAACCGCGAUGCCAGGGUGCUUGUGUGUGGCCCUCCUCCGAUGGAAAAAGCCCUCAAGGCCAAGGAGUGGGGCGUGUUGGCUAAGCUGGGAUAUAAGCCAGACCAGAUUCAUACUUUUUGA